AUGGCAGAGCUACGCAUCGCAUCAGUGCAGUUCGAAAACGCAUCGGGCGACAAGACCGCCAACCUCGCCGCAAUCCGCCGACUGUCCGCCCAGGCCUCACAGCGCGGCUGCAACGUCGUCGCCUUCCACGAAUGCUCCGUCUCGGGCUACACCUUCGCGUCGCGCCUGUCCCGCGAUGCGCUCGUCGCCGUCGCCGAGCCCGUCCCUUCGGGCCCCAGCGUGCAGGAGCUGAUCGCCAUCGCGCGCGACGUCGGCAUCGUGGUCUUGGCCGGGCUCUUCGAGCACGACGCGGCGGCGGACAAGAUCUACAACACGUACGUCUGCGUCUCGGGCGAGGGCCUGCUGGCGCGCUUCCGCAAGCUGCACCCGUUCAUCAGCGCGCACCUCUCAGCGGGCGACGAGCUCGUCGUGUUCGACCUCUUGGGGUGGAGGGCCGGCAUUCUCAUAUGCUACGACAACAACGUGGUCGAGAAUGUGCGGGCCACGGCGCUUGCGGGCGCGGAGGUGCUGUUCGCGCCUCACGUCACCAUGUGCACGCCAUCCACGCGCCCCGGCGCCGGCUUCGUGGACCCCGCGCUGUGGAAAGCCAGAGACACGGAUCCAACGACGCUGCGGGCCGAGUUUGAGGGCCUCAAGGGCCGCACCUGGCUGAUGAAGUGGCUGCCGGCGCGGGCAUACGACAAUGCCGUAUAUGUCGUAUUCAGCAACCCGAUUGGCAUGGACGACGAUCAGCUGAAGAACGGACGCUCAAUGGUUCUCGACCCGUUUGGGGACGUCUUGGACGAGUGUCAGCAGCUGGGCGAGGACAUGGCUGUGGCAACGUGCACGCGCGACAAGCUGCGUCUUGCCGGCGGCUUCAGAUAUCGCAAGGCCAGACGGCCCGAACUGUACGGGCAUGUCAUCGCCGCAGCGAACGACUCGCAGCUCAAGGUGGCCUGGAUGUAG